AACCGUCCCAAUCUCAAACUCUUUAUAUCUGAUCACACGGCUGAUGGCUGGAGUUCUGCCCCACACUGCAGCGGGGUGCUGGGAUCGAAAUCAUGGAGGAAAUGAACCAAAAUCAUCACGAUGACUUGGUUCUCUUUGUAAAUGGCAAAAAGGUCGUUGAGACAAAUGCUGAUCCAGAAAUGACGCUGCUGAUCUUUCUCAGGAGAAAGUUGAGUCUGACAGGAACUAAGCUGGGAUGUGCUGAAGGUGGCUGUGGUGCCUGCACUGUGAUGGUGUCCAGAUUUAAUCCACAUCACAACCAGAUUAUUCACCAUGCUGUUAAUGCCUGUCUAGCCCCUCUGUGCUCUUUGCAUCAUUGUGCAGUCACUACAGUUGAAGGAAUUGGCAGCGUAGCCAGCAAACUCCAUCCUGUCCAGGAACGAAUUGCCAAGGCUCAUGGAUCUCAGUGCGGUUUCUGCACUCCAGGAAUCGUCAUGUCCAUGUAUGCCCUGCUGAGGAACAGUCCACAGCCUUCAAUGCAGGACAUGGAGGAAGCAUUCCAAGGUAAUCUAUGUCGCUGCACUGGCUAUAGACCCAUUCUUGAGGGCUACAAGACCUUUGCAAAGGAGGGAGGAUGCUGUAGGAGCAGGAGAAAGGGCAACGGCUGUUGCUUGACCAGUGCACAUGAAGAGGAGCAUGUUAGUGGAGCUUCAACGCAUUCAGGUCAACAGCUCUUCGAUCCAUCAGAAUUUAUGCCACUGGAUCCAACACAAGAGAUCAUUUUCCCUCCUGAACUGAUAAGUCUUGGUAAACAGCCACCAAGGUCAUUGAGAUUCAUCGGGGAGAGAGUGCUGUGGAUUCAGCCUAGCUCACUGAACGAACUCCUGGAGCUUAAGGCAGUCUAUCCAGCAGCCAAGCUGGUGGUGGGGAACACUGAAGUAGGUAUAGAAAUGAAAUUCAAGAACCUCCUGUACCCUGUGAUCCUGGCACCAGCAUACAUCCAAGAACUCAGCAGCAUUCAAUACACUGAAAAUGGGAUUGAAUUUGGAGCAUCUGUCACAUUGACUAUGCUGGGGAAGAAAUUGCAUGAAGAGGUAAACAAGUUGCCCAACUACAGAACUGAAGUCUUCCAGGCCAUACUGGAGCAGUUGCGCUGGUUCGCAGGACAGCAGAUCCGAAAUGUUGCAGCUAUUGGUGGGAAUAUUAUGACAGCGAGUCCUAUUUCAGACCUUAACCCUGUGUUUAUGGCGGCGGGCUGUAAGCUAACUCUGACGUCCAAAGAGGGGAAACGUGCCCUUCAGAUGGAUGACAAGUUCUUCAGUGGCUACAGGAAAACUGCUCUGAAACCCGAGGAGAUUCUGCUGUCCAUUGAGAUUCCAUACACAAAAAAGGGCCAGUAUUUCUCAGCCUUUAAGCAGUCAACUCGCAAAGAGGACGACAUCGCCACUAUUACUUGUGGGAUGAAUGUCGUUUUCCAGCAGGGUUCCAACAUCGUUAAGGAUAUCAAACUCAGCUAUGGAGGAAUUGCCCCCACCACUGUUCUAGCCACUGCUACGUGCAACCGGCUCAUUGGCAGGAGGUGGGGUGAGGAGCUGAUGGAAGAUGCUUGUUCUUCCCUAGCUGAGGAGAUGACACUGUCCCCCUCUGCUCCAGGUGGGAUGGUGACAUAUAGACGCACGCUGGCCAUCAGCCUGUUCUUCAAAUUCUACCUCACUGUCCAGCACAAAUUGGCUCAAAUGCAUCUUUCUGUUGAAGAUGUCAAACCUAAUUAUGCCAGUGCUAUAGAGCUGUUCCAUGUGGACUCUCCUACCAGUGUUCAGCUUUACCAGGCAGUUCCUCCUGGUCAGAGCACAGAUGAUAUGGUAGGUCGUCCUAUCAUGCAUCUAUCUGCCCUGAAGCAGGCCACAGGAGAGGCAGUGUACUGUGACGACAUCCCUCAAUAUGAGAAUGGACUCUAUUUGGCCCUGGUCACCAGCACUAAAGCUCAUGCUUAUAUUAAAUCUAUAGAAACUGAUGAUGCUAUGGCAGUUCCAGGAGUAGUUACAUUUGUCUCUGCCAAGGACCUCCCCGGUAGUAAUAAGACUGGACCUGCUGUCUGUGAUGAGACUGUUUUUGCUGACAACAAGGUCACAUGUGUGGGACACAUAGUGGGAGCUAUUGUGGCAGACACGCAGGCCCAUGCACAAACAGCAGCCAAAGCUGUGAAGAUUUCUUAUGAGGAAAUCCAGCCUGUGAUUAUUACCAUUCAGGAUGCCAUUACCAAUCAGUCAUUCUACCAGCCAGUGAGAACGAUAGAGAAAGGAGAUCUCGCUAAAGGGUUUCAUGAGUCUGAUAACAUCCUGGAAGGUGAGAUACACAUUGGAGGGCAGGACCACUUUUACCUGGAAACAAACUGUACCCUGGCUGUCCCACAAGGAGAGGACGGAGAGAUGGAGCUGUUUGUGUCCACACAGUCGGCCUCCAAGACACAAGCACUUGUAGCCAAAGCACUAGGAGUGCCGGCCAGUCACAUAGUGUGUCGAGUGAAAAGAAUGGGAGGAGGAUUUGGUGGGAAAGAGAGCCGGAGCACCAUUCUCUCCACCGUUGUGGCUGUUGCUGCUCAUAAAGUCAAAAGACCAGUUCGCUGCAUGUUGGACCGUGAUGAGGAUAUGCUAGUCUCAGGUGGCCGACAUCCAUUCUUUGGGCGUUAUAAGGUUGGAUUCAAGAAAAAUGGAAAAGUGAUGGCUCUUGAUGUGACGUACUACAGCAAUGUAGGAAAUUCUAUGGACCUUUCUCUAUCAAUUAUGGAGCGGGCACUCUUCCAUAUGGACAACUGCUAUAACAUCCCUCACAUUCGUGGUACUGGUUACAUGUGUAAGACCAAUCUGCCCUCCAACACUGCUUUCAGAGGCUUUGGUGGGCCGCAGGGAAUGAUGGUGUCAGAAUCCUGGAUAAGUGAUGUUGCUCUGUGCUGUGGCGUCCCUGCUGAACAGGUGAGGGAAAUAAACCUGUACAAACAGGGAGAAUACACCCCAUUUAAUCAGUGCCUGGAUCAGUUCACCAUAGACCGCUGCUGGAAGGAGUGUGUGAAUAUCUCAGACUUCCAUCAGCGCAAGGCCAGAGUGGAGCUGUACAACAAACAACAUCGCUGGACCAAAAGAGGCCUGUCCAUCGUUCCCACCAAGUUUGGUAUCAGCUUUACAGCCAUCUUCCUCAACCAGGCAGGAGCACUGGUUCAUUUAUACACAGAUGGUUCAGUUCUUCUCACCCAUGGUGGAACAGAAAUGGGGCAAGGACUUCAUACUAAAAUGAUACAGGUUGCCAGCAAAACUUUGGGAAUCCCCACCUCAAAGAUUCACAUCAGUGAGACGAGUACUAACACAGUUCCAAACACUAGCCCCACUGCUGCCUCCGCUUCCUCAGAUCUCAACGGCAUGGCGGUCUAUAAUGCAUGUCAGACAUUGCUGCAGAGACUGGAUCCAUACAAAGCCAGGAACCCAAAGGGGAGCUGGGAGGAUUGGGUAAAAGCAGCUUACUUUGACAGGGUUAACUUAUCAGCCAAUGGGUUUUAUAGGACUCCAGAUCUUGGCUAUGACUUUGAAACAAAUUCAGGACAUCCAUUUAACUACUUCAGUUAUGGGGUAGCUGUCUCAGAGGUGGAGAUAGACUGUCUGACUGGUAGUCACAAGAACCUGCACACCUCUAUUGUCAUGGAUGUGGGCAAAAGCCUGAAUCCAGCUUUGGACAUUGGCCAGGUGGAGGGUGCGUUCAUGCAAGGAGUGGGUCUGUUCACACUGGAGGAACUACGCUACUCUCCCCAAGGUUAUCUGUAUACCCGUGGACCUGGCAUGUAUAAGAUUCCUGCUUUUGGCGACAUUCCAACUGAACUGAAGGUGUCGCUCCUUAGAGACGCCCCCAAUGAGAAGGCCAUCUUCUCCUCCAAGGCUGUUGGAGAGCCUCCUCUAUUCCUGGCAGCUUCUGUCUUCUAUGCCAUUAAAGAUGCCAUUACUGCUGCACGGGCUGAGUCUGGCCUUUCUGGACCUUUCAGAUUGGAUAGCCCUGCUACCCCUGAGAGAAUACGCAAUGCGUGCGAGGACAAAUUCACCAAACUAUGCCCUCCCCCAGAGCCAGGGACUUAUACACCAUGGGAUGUGAGAGUCUAAUACAGGGAAGGCCAGAAGCACCUACUACUAUCCUACCAUUUAACAUUUAGCUACCUUUUCUAGUUGUAUUUGAAUGCACAAAACUCAUCAUUGUUGCUAUCACGUCAUAGUAACUCUCAUUUAUGUACAAUGAUUGCCAAAGAAAGAGGGAUCAUUGAGUUAUUCAUGCCUUAAAAGGUGGUGCCUUAAAAUAAUUUAUGUAUUGGCUUGUAGUAGGACAUUGCAUUAUUUAAUUGCUUUAAUGGCUCCUUUAAUUAUUUAAUUAAUUUGAAUUUACUCAACAAAACUAAUUUUAGUAAUCUUUUCUAACCACUAUUGUACCAACUGUAGCCUACAGUAUACUCUGGCUUCAUCAUCAUCAUCAUCGUCGUCAUUAUCGUCAAUAGUCCAGAUAGGCUCACAUACCUCUGUUGAUGGUUGCCCAUCUCAUUUCAGUGCUUCUACUUUUGGAUGGUCAAAAUGAUAAGUCUGGCUAAAAACCACCAGCCCCCACCAGUGGAGUGGAUGCUUUGUAGGCCCCCUUUAGGGGCAUUUCCAUAAAAGACAUUUGUGCUGGGGCCAGCUGGGCUUUGGUGGGUUUUCAACAUUCAUCAAGAUCUAUUGAUUAGAUGUCACUGUGCCAUCACUGGCCCAUACUGUCCUCAGUGUGGACAUCAACAUAUCAAGGAUGUAACGUAUAUGGUUGUAGUUUAUAAUUAAUAUUGUCUUUUUAUGCAGUCUUUAUGAAACCCAGAUGCAUGUCUUCUAUCAUCUGUUGACUGUGGCCGGACUUGGAACCCUGGCUGACUUAAUCAGUGCUUUUCCAGACAGUGCAUCAUCACUCACUGUCUUAAAUGGAGGCACAGGUCAAUCACACUGGACAGAACUGUAAUUGAUUUCAGUGCCCAGGUUGUUCCCCUACCAGACCUGUCUUGCCAGUUAAUUUGGAAAGCAUGCAAUAUGGGAGUUGGCUAUAUCUUUCCCAUAGUGAGAUGCUAAAUGAAUGUUGAAAGAAAACAUCACUUGCAUAUCCCUGGUUUUCUGAAACAAGAGUAAGAUAUCUCAUUACACAUCCCACCUUGCAUUUCACUUGGGGAGGAGUAUGCUUGACAAACACGUGUAAUGCCACAAUUUAUAAGGGGAGGCGAGGGCUCCCAAAUCACGGGUGUGAUUGGCACUGCCAGACAUGGUGCAGACACAAGGUCGCUCCCCAUAGUGAGAUACCUCAUUCUUGUUACAGAGAACCAGGGUUACACAGGUAACCAUAUCGUACCCAAUUCCAUUACUGGAGAGCUGGAGUAAAGCACAGUUUGGCUUAUUUUUCCUGCUGUAACAAGUUUGGAAAUAAUCAUGGAUCACGGGAAAGGAAAAUGUUCUUAAGAGAGCAUAAAAAGCAACUAGGUGUACAAGAUAGAUCCUCGGAUCUUGCAGGGCCUAUGCCAUUUUUCGAUAGAAACAAAUACAUUGGCUUAGACACAAAAUGUCAGCUGAUCUCAUUCAACAUUUUGAAUGACAGGCCAGUUUUUAGUCCCCUUAACUGUACUGUGUCCUUUUACCCAGGGCUGGGGUGCCCUGUGGCAUUGUUGGUAAUUUACAUAUAACACUGCAUCUAAAAGUAAAUCUUAUUCAGGGGGCCAGCAGGAAAAGCAAUAACAAUUACAAUAACAAUUACACAGGCUGUUACACAUCUGUAAUGCACAAAUGUGCCCUUUCUUAAAGUAGUAUAAAUAGUGCUUUAGCAUCAGCAUCAACACCUUUUAUUCUAUGUUUCUAUGUGUCUUGAGGUCCCAUUACUGUCUGUGCUGUCAGGCACUGGAGAAGUCAUUCGACAGCAGAGAAAGAUGGCUUUGAAGGCAUCACGAAAUGAUUUCAGUUUGUAGGCAUAGAGCAGAGGGUUAAUGGCUGAAUUUGCAUGGGAAAGGAUGAUGGUGAUCAAGGAGAGUGGCAGCGGGAUUUUGCAGUGUGGACAGAACAAAUGUACACAGUUCACUGUGUAUAAGGGUAUCCAACAGAGUGCAAAGACAAAAACAAGCACAAAAAUCGAGGUUGCCUUCCUUGCUUCAUCCCGCAUACCUGUGUUUUGCCUGGCCUGCAGCUCCAGUGCAGUCUGCAUGGCUGCAGUCCGCCUCACAUGGCGCCUCACGGUUACAAAGAUGUGUGUGUAAAUGAUAAACAUGGUUACCAGAGGCACUAGAACACAGCCAAAGAAGUUAAAGUACACCAUGUAGGCCAUGUCCACCACACAGGCAAAGGAGCAGUAGUUCAUCUCAUCAGACCUGCCAUGCCAGCCCAUUAGUGGCACUGAGCCCACAAGGAAAGCUAGCAACCAGGUUAGCAAUAUAACUAGCCUAGCAUUCCUUGGCUUCAAAAGCCUUUGGUAUUGGAAAGGUAGUAGAAUAGCCACAUACCGUUCAAUGGCCACUGCUAGCAGGCUGAAGAUGGAGCUUUGUGUUAACAUGAGGAGCAUAUACAGAAUGGCAAUGCAAAGAUAUAGGUUGUGGUGGGGUAAACCUAGAUCUGUCAUUAUUGCACAGGGGAUGGCCAAAGUGCCUACAAAGAAAUCAGCUACGGACAGCGAGACCAGGAAGUAGUUGGUGACAUUUUGGAGCUUCUUAUUGCAUCCUACUGCAAGGCAAACCAGUAGGUUACCAGAAGUGGAAAUGAUGGAAAUCAUUAUUUCAGCAGCAAUAUAUGGCCAUUGUAAGAACUUGGGGCUGACUGGUUGAGUUGAGGCAUUUGGAAAAGCCGUCCAGGUGUUGUUAAUGUCUCUCUUCAUGCUGGUUGCCUGGACCACCUAAGGUCCAGUUUUGGAUCAUGGGUUCAAGGCACUGGGAUAACAAAAAGAAAUCAAAAGCACUUAGAUUCAUUCUAACAACAUAAGAGACUCAUGGUUGGUUGGCAAGACACUACCUAGUGGAGCUGAUAAAAUGUGCUGCUGUACUGGAAAAGUAUACUGUCACUGUGUUAUUGAAUUACCCUGAAAGGGCAGAGAGUUUAUGUUCAUUUCUCAGGAUAUUUGGUGUUUUCGAGCUUAUGUGUCUGUUAUUACUGUUAGGUGGCAGAAGGAUAGAUGCUGAUAAGUUUAUCAGAGACUAUCGUUCUAUCCGCCAGCAAUAUUUACUUGACAAAAUGUCAACUGUAGUGUUUGUUUAUCCAACAUCUAGUGCCUGCGUGUUCUUUCAUGUCUCAAUCUGUUUUCUCUAUUGUGUGGGAAUAUAGGGACAGAUAAAUACCUGCCUAGAAACCUUGAGCAUUUUACUUUGAUAAAUGAAUGUUCAAUAAAUUUUGUUAUUCCAAUAA